UACAGCCCAGACAAUGUGGCUGGAGCAGACGGAGACAUUGACCCCACUGAAAUCACCUUUCCAGGAUGUUUGUGUCACAGCAGCUCCUGCGUGGUUCACGUGUGCUCAUGCCUUUGCCGUGGUGAAAAUUACAACAGCUUGUGCCUGAGGCCUGCAGAGGAAGAGGAGGAGUACACCAGGCCUGUUUUUGAAUGCAAUGCCAUGUGCCACUGUGGUGAAUCCUGUCAAAACAGGGUUGUUCAGAGGGGUUUGCAGUUCAGACUUGAGGUGUUCAAGACUGAGAAGAAAGGGUGGGGUCUCCGUACACUGGAAUUCAUAGCUAAAGGAAGAUUUGUCUGUGAAUAUGCUGGUGAAGUUUUGGGCUUUACUGAGGCACGUAGAAGAGUUCAGGCCCAGACAUCAAAGGAUUCAAACUAUAUUAUGGCAGUGAGGGAGCACCUCCAUAACGGUCAGAUAAUGGAGACCUUUGUUGACCCUACAUACAUAGGUAACAUAGGCAGGUUCCUCAAUCAUUCUUGUGAACCCAAUUUAUUUAUGGUACCAGUUCGAGUCGACUCAAUGGUGCCUAGACUGGCACUUUUUGCAGCUACAGACAUUUCUGCUGGAGAAGAACUUUCCUAUGAUUAUUCUGGAAGAUUCCAUAAUUUACCAGUAAUUGACAGAGAACAAAAAUCCUUAGAGAAAGAAAACAGAUUGAGAAAACCUUGCUACUGUGGUUCCCGCACAUGUGCUUCCUUCUUACCUUGGGACAGCUCCCUCUUUUCCACACCAGAUGCUUGUUCAGGGAGCUCUCCAUAG